GAAACACUGUCCCUGCGAGUUCUGUAAGUUCCCUGCAAUCUGUACACAAGAAGGGAGAAAGAGAGGGAGAAAGACAGAGAGACAAGGGAUCAGGUAAACCUCGGGGGCGGCUGCAGCCACUCAGACUCAGGAGCUGGAAAAUUGCUAAGGAUGCAGAAGGAACUGAAGAUGGUCAAAGACGAAGAUGUGCAUUUCAGUUUGGGUGUGAAGAGGGCCCCCUCCUUUCCCCACGGCCUUCAGCCCGUGGUUUCCCGAGGGAAGGCUCCCCCAGGACACCCCUUCCCGGAAGCUCUCCGGGGGCCGUUUUCCCAGUUCCGGUACGAGCCUCCUCCAGGAGAGCUAGACGGAUUCCCAGGGGUCUUUGAAGGAGGAGGGUCUCGCAAACGCAAGAGCAUGCCCACCAAGAUGCCCUAUAACCACCCCGCGGAAGACGGGGCUCUCGCCCUGCACCCCGAGGAGAACAAGAACCCGGGGGCCCCGGACCUCCCCCUGCUCUUCCCGCCGCCGCCGCCACCGCGGCCCAAGUACGACUCGCGGAUGAUCGACCUGUGUAACGUGGGCUUCCAGUUCUACCGCAGCCUGGAGCACCUGGGCGGCAAGGCCGUCAAGCAGGAGCCCGUGAAGCCCAGCGCCGUGUGGCCUGCGCCCGCGGCCCCUCCGUUCCUGCCCGCGCCCUACCCCUACUACCCCAAGGUGGCCCCGGGCCUCGUGUUCCCCUUCUUCGUGCCCUCGGCCUCACCCUUCCCCUUCAGCCGGCACACCUUCCUGCCCAAGCGGCCGCCGGAGCCGCCGCUGCCCCGCAAAGCCGAGCCGCCCGAGAGCGAGGAGACCAAGCAGAAGGUGGAGCGGGUGGACGUGAACGUGCAGAUCGACGACAGCUACUAUGUGGACGUGGGCGGCGCGCAGAAGCGCUGGCAGUGCCCCACCUGCGAGAAAUCCUACACCUCCAAGUACAACCUGGUGACCCACAUCCUGGGCCACAGCGGCAUCAAGCCGCACGCGUGCAGCCGCUGCGGGAAGCUCUUCAAGCAGCUGAGCCACCUGCACACCCACAUGCUGACGCACCAGGGCACCCGGCCUCACAAGUGCCAGGUGUGCCACAAGGCCUUCACGCAGACCAGCCACCUGAAGCGUCACAUGAUGCAGCACAGCGAGGUGAAGCCGCACAGCUGCCGCGUGUGUGGCCGCGGCUUCGCCUACCCCAGCGAGCUCAAGGCUCACGAGGCCAAGCACGCCAGCGGGCGGGAAAACAUCUGCGUGGAGUGCGGCCUCGACUUCCCUACGCUGGCCCAGCUCAAGAGGCACCUCACCACGCACCGGGGCCCCAUCCAGUACAACUGCUCCGAAUGCGACAAGACCUUCCAGUACCCCAGCCAGCUGCAGAACCACAUGAUGAAGCACAAGGACAUCCGGCCCUACAUCUGCUCCGAGUGUGGCAUGGAGUUCGUGCAGCCCCACCACCUCAAGCAGCACUCCCUCACCCACAAGGGCGUGAAGGAGCACAAAUGUGGGAUCUGCGGGCGGGAGUUCACGCUGCUGGCCAACAUGAAGAGACACGUGCUGAUCCACACCAACAUCCGCGCCUACCAGUGUCACCUCUGCUACAAGAGCUUUGUGCAGAAACAGACCCUCAAGGCACACAUGAUUGUCCACUCGGACGUGAAGCCCUUCAAAUGCAAGCUCUGCGGGAAGGAGUUCAACCGGAUGCACAACCUCAUGGGCCACAUGCACCUGCACUCUGACAGCAAACCCUUCAAGUGCCUCUACUGCCCCAGCAAGUUCACCCUGAAGGGGAACCUGACACGCCACAUGAAAGUGAAGCACGGGGUCCUGGAGCGGGGCCUCCAUUCUCAAGGUUUUGGAAGGGGGAGAAUUGCGCUGGUGCCGACCGCGGGGGCCCUGCGGAGCCUGGAGCAGGAGGAGCCCUUCGAUCUGUCCCAGAAGCGCCAGGCCAAGGGGCCAGCCUUCCAGUCGGACGGGGAGAGCGCCCGGGGCAGCUCCUGCCACGAGGAGGAGGACGAAGACAACUGCUACGAGGUGGAGCCGGACAGCCCGGGCCCCGGGCCCCGCGGCCCGCCGCUCUGCGCGCCGCAGGACCUGUCUGCCAAGCCGGAGCCGGGCCCUGGGGAGGAGGCGCCCGCCGAGGAGGCCUCGCCUCCGGGGGCCCGCCCGCUGAAGAGCCGCGACAGCCUGGGGCCCGAGGGCGGCCCCGAGCGAGAGUUCGCCCGCAGAGACGAGCGGCCUGGCCUCCGGGUCCUGCCGAGCACCCGGAGGGGCCCAGCCUUUUCUGAUUACUUGUACUUCAAGCACAGAGAUGAGCGUUUAAAAGAAUUACUGGAGAGGAAAAUGGAAAAACAAGCAGUGCUUUUGGGGAUCUAAAUGGACGGUUUAAGAAUUACACUUGGAAAAUGAGAGCUAGGCAGUGCAGAUACAGCUUUCCGCAUGAGCUCUCAUUUGCUGGAGACGAGAAGGGCAUGAAUCUUGACA